UGAGGCGCUCAGUUCCGUGGCGAACGCUGAGCGAGUGGUUUGGGCCGAGUUCUGCCUUCCGACUAAGCGCCGAAAAGGAGCACGUGCGUCCGUCGGGUGACAAAAGUGAAGGUGCGUCCCAGAGAAUAGUCCUGCUGCAUUCCUGCUAGUGUCAUCAAGUGCCAGCCCUGUGUCAUUUUUUUAUGAAUUAGUCACCAAUUGGAGGCAAAUCAAAGCAGCUGGCGCUCCAGCAGGCUCCCACUCGCUGCCCCCAGUGCAGCCUUAUUUGUUUGUGAAGCAGUGUGUGUGUGUGCGAGUCUCCGUUGAAAAUUGUUAUAAGUGAAAAAUUCCAACAUUGCUGUUGCAAGCAAGCGACAGCAACGGCAACGGCAACAGCAGCAGCAGCAACAAGCCACAUACAAGAGCGAAAAAUGAAGCAAAACACGUUUUGCUGAAAGAAAAAAUAUGCUGCGUCUGAUAUCCGUGCGCGUGUGUGUGCCUUUGUGUCAGCACGGUGUCCGUGAGAGCAUCGGGAGUCGGGUUGUGUGUGCCCCACCAACACCGAAACGCCUGUAGAAAUGUGAAGAAAAUGGCUACUGGUGAAUCGAACAACAAACCAACAUAACUAAAAUGAUGCAUUCCAGGAUGCAUCCAGAGUGUACCCUACAAGUAAACAAACGUGCUCUCUAUAAGAACAGUGCUAAGUAAACACAAUCGUGAAAGAAAAAAAAAAUUCCAAGUUCCAAUUUUACUAAAAGGGUUCCAUCCGCUCUCAUAAGAGCCCCAGUGGAGAUGGAGAGGCUUUGCCGGGGACAGCCCUUACCAAUGCUUCUGCUGUUCCUGCUCCUGCUGGCAAUAGAGCUCGGCAUUGGCCGGGCGAACGAAGAAUCCAGGCCGGCAAUGCAGCUCCUGUCUCCCCGAGGACGCAGCUACGCGACCACUUACGAGCAAUAUGCGGCCUUUCCACGCCGCAGAAGCCCCUCAUUGGCGGGAGAGAUGCAAUCCCGUGCUGUGGAUACGAGUGCCGACUUUGACGUACUGGAGGGACAGCCGCGAGGAACCACGGUAGGCUUCAUUCCCACCAAACCGAAAUUCACCUACCGAUUCAACGAACCGCCAGAAGAGUUCACCCUCGACCCGGUCACCGGCGAAGUGAAGACAAAUGUGGUGCUCGACCGCGAAGGCAUGCACGACCACUACGACUUAGUGGUACUCUCUUCGCAGCCUACCUACCCCAUCGAGGUGCGCAUCAAGGUACUCGACAUCAACGACAACUCGCCCGAGUUCCCGGAGCCCAGCAUAGCCGUUUCCUUUUCCGAAAGUGCCGUGUCCGGAACGCGUCUCCUUCUAGACGCUGCCACGGAUGCAGAUUCGGGCGAGAACGGGGUGACGGACCAGUACGAGAUUGUGGCCGGCAAUGUCGACAACAAGUUUAGGCUGGCCACGACGACUAAUCCAAGCGGGGAUACGUCGUACCUUCACUUGGAAACGAAAGGAAACCUGGAUCGGGAGUCACGUGGCUCCUAUCAGCUUAACAUUUCCGCCCGAGAUGGUGGAACCCCGCCGAGGUUUGGGUUUCUACAGGUCAACGUUACCAUUUUGGACGUGAACGAUAACCCGCCCAUAUUCGACCACAGUGACUACAAUGUGUCCCUUAACGAGACAGCUUUGCCGGGUACCCCAGUAGUUACUGUCAUGGCAUCCGACAACGACUUGGGGGACAACAGUAAGAUCACUUACUACCUGGCCGAGACAGAGCACCAGUUCGCAGUCAAUCCGGAGACGGGCGUCAUCUCCAACACGGAGCGCGUAAACUGUCCGCAACAAACGAAUGCCAAGGGCAUCGGUCAGAAGGCCUGCGUCUUUACGGUGUUUGCUCGCGACCACGGAUCCCCGCGGCAGGACGGCCGAGCGUACGUAACGGUGAACCUUGUAGACACCAACGACCACGACCCUAUAAUUCGGUUCCAGUACUUUCCGCCCACCGGUAGUGUGGCCACCGUGGACGAGAACGCCGCGAACGGGACCGUUGUGGCUGCCGUAUCCGUGAUUGACUCCGAUGACGGUUUGAAUGGAAACACCACUACCCGCAUUGUUUCCGGCAACGAGAUGGGACAUUUUCGACUGGAGAAAACGGGCAGUCUGCACAUAGUACGAGUCAACGGCGUCCUGGACCGCGAGGAGAUAGGAAAGUACAACCUGACGGUAGUGGCCAUGGACAAGGGGACCCCCGCGCGGACGACCACCGCCCACCUGAUAAUAGACGUAAACGAUGUCAACGACCAUGAGCCCGUAUUCGAGAAGUCGGAGUACUCAGCGGUUUUGACCGAGCUGGCCUCCAAGGGCAGCUAUGUUACCUCCAUAACAGCUACUGACGGAGACACAGGCGUAAAUGCCGAGGUGCAUUACGAGAUCCUUUCGGGCAACGAGCUCAAUUGGUUUUCGAUGGACCCGCUCACAGGUCUGAUCGUGACGGCCGGACCACUGGAUCGGGAGGUGAGUGACAGCGUGGAGCUAAGCAUUUCAGCGAGGGACGGUGGUCCCAACCCUAAGUUCGCCUACACCCAACUAAAAGUGACGAUUCUGGACGAGAACGACGAGGCGCCGCAGUUCACGCAAAGCCGUUUGAACGUGACCCUUAGUGAAAAUUCUCCGGCGCAGACUCUGGUGGCCGUGCUAGCGGCGACGGACCACGACCAGGGAACCAAUGGAUCGGUGACUUUCGCGCUGGCGCCUAGCGUGGAGCGUCUCUACCCCCAGCAGUUCGCUGUCGACGCGAUAACGGGGCAGUUAACAACGCGGCGAUUCCUAGAUCGUGAGACAACGGCGCGCUACGAGAUUUCCGUGAUCGCCCGCGACCAGGGCGCACCCACUCCUCAGUCCUCCACUGCCACUGUCUGGCUGAACGUGGCAGAUGUGAACGAUAACGAUCCAGAGUUUUAUCCACAGCACUACAUCUACACACUCGAGGAUGACAGCAAAAAUGACGUCCAUGAGGACGGCCAGGGAAAAAUCCUUCUGCACGUCACGGCCUCAGAUCGGGACGAGGGUGAUAACGCCUUAAUUGAGUAUAGCCUGGUGUCAGGUGGCGAGGGCCUCUUCCAAUUGGACGCUCGCUCCGGAGCCCUUAGGCUGCACGCCGACGUGGGGGCUACUCACCUGAAGCCACACUACAAGCUGCUUGUAUCGGCCCGUGACCACGGACAGCCAGCGGGGAGGAAAAGCCAACGCGAUGCUGUGGUUGAAAUCGUUCUUGGAUCCAAGGUGCUGCAGCUCGAGUGCGACCAUGGAAAGAGCAGUUACGAGUUCCAACUCGUCGAGGAUCACGAGCAGCAACCGGCAAAGAAGGGCCGCGAAGUCGGUGUGGUGCAGAUGAAAGCCCCGUCUGGAAACUCCCUGCUUCCCCUCGAAUUCCUCAUAAUUCACGGAGACAAGGACAGAAACUUCACCAUUGACUCAACCUCUGGCGCCAUUUCCACCGCCACCGCCCUGGACCGGGAAGUGCAGACCCACUUCCACCUGACGAUCUUGGCCAGAUCGAUGUCCAGCACAAGCUAUUCCUACGGGACAUGUGGCGUUAACAUCGCAGUCAUUGAUUUAAACGAUAAUGCGCCUGUUUUUGCCUUGGACCGCGACUCGGAACCCACUAUUUGGUUGCCGGAGGAUGCCGCCGUAGGCCAGGAGGUGUAUUUAUCCAGAGUGCGAGAUCGGGAUGCAGGUGUAAAUAGUCGGAUCCGCUACAAUCUCACCCACAAUCCAAACGAUCAAUUCCAUAUUGGACCCAUCACUGGAGUGCUUUAUCUGCAGAGACCCGUUGCUGCCGAUCCGGGAGCGGUGCUUCUUGUGGAGUUAAUGGCCACUGACUCCGGCCAUCCUGCCCUCUCCAGUCGCCUGAGUCUUUCAGUUAACAUAGCGGAUGUGAACGACCACACGCCUGUAUUUGACCACACCUCGUACGAGACCUCAUUGCUAGAAGGCACAAGAGUCAACACUCGCUUCUUCGCACUGCCUGCCACGGAUAUGGACACUGCCGAGAACGGACGAAUCUCGUACGAGAUUAUCGAAGGAAAUGGGGAGCGCGUCUUCGGAAUUUUCCCAGACGGGUACUUGUUUGUAAAAGCUCCAUUGGAUCGCGAGGUUCGUGACUACUAUGCUUUGACUGUUUCAUGCCGAGAUGCCGGACAGCCUUCCCGCUCUUCCGAAGUGCCUGUGGUCAUCCACGUGAUCGAUGAAAACGACAACGCACCGCAGUUCACCAACGCAACAUUUACGUUUAGCAUACCAGAGAACGCUCCGUCUGAUACGUUUGUGGGUAAGCUGACGGCUCUCGACCGAGACAUUGGACGGAACGCCGAGCUGAGUUUUGUCCUCACCAGCCACACUCAGGACUUUACAAUCGACAUUAGAAACGGAUUCAUAAAGACGCUGCGGCCUUUCGACCGGGAGGCCUUGGUGCGCGACAGUCGGAGCACGGCGGAAGGAGAAAGCGGCUCCGACGUGCGGGCUAGCCGAAUAUCCGCCACGGAAGGAAGUUACAUCAUUUUGGAGGCUACUGUGUCGGACAACGGCAGCCCUCGGCUGAGUGACAAGGUCAAAGUUAAGGUAAUCGUCACGGACGUUAACGACAAUGCACCGGUAUUCCUGCGGGCCCCUUACCACGUAACAAUCUCCGAGGGUGCCUCCGAGGGCACUCACCUCGCUCACGUUUUCACGCAGGAUGCAGAUGAAGGCCUCAACGGAGACGUUUACUAUUCCUUAGCCGAAGGGAACGAGGCUGGUCAGUUCAGCCUCGACGGCGCCACGGGACAACUGACGUUGGCUCGUCGACUGGACCGGGAGUCCCAAGAGAUCCACCACCUCGUUGUCGUUGCCCAGGAUGCUGCUCUAAAGGAUUCACUGAGCGCCAAUACUACCAUUACCAUUGUUGUAUUGGACGAGAACGACAAUGCACCGGAGUUCACGCAGUCUAGCAGCGAAGUUUCCGUGUUGGAAACCAGUCCCACGGGAACGGAGUUGAUGCGAUUCCGUGCGAGCGAUGCCGACCAGGGUGUCAACAGCCAGGUGGUGUUCAGCAUUUCGGCCGGCAAUCGCCGGGAUACAUUCCAUAUUGACAGCACCACUGGCAGUCUCUUCCUUCACAAGAUGCUGGAUUACGAGGACAUCACCAGCUAUACGCUCAACAUUACGGCCUCCGACUGUGGCACGCCCUUGUUGUCCACCACCGUGCUUUACAAUGUUGUGGUGGUGGAUGCCAACGACAAUCCUCCGAUUUUUCCCAGCACUGCAAUCGUGCGUCAGAUCAAGGAGGGCAUUGGACUGAAGACGCCAAUUGUGACAGUCCUCGCUGACGAUCCAGACUCCGGUCUGAAUGGCAAGGUGAGUUACGCCAUCAGCAAGCAAGAGCCGGAGAUUUCCGGUGGUCGGCACUUCGGCAUAAACACUGAGACUGGAGUGAUCUACACGCUCAGAGACAUAGAUCGUGAAGCCAUCGACACCUUUCGCCUGACAGUGGUGGCCACAGAUCGCGCUCAGCCGUCGGUGCUCCAGCUUCACGCGGAAAAGCUAGUCACGGUGAUUGUGGAGGACAUCAACGACAACGCACCCGUGUUCGUAUCCAUGAAUGCAGCCAUAUUGCCAACGACGGAACAGGGACCCCAUCAGGUGAUGCGGGUACACGCUCGAGAUGCGGACUCUUCUAGCAACGGCCUGGUCACGUACGAGAUAGUGAGUGGGCAACAGGAGCUGUUCCGGCUGCAUAGGAAUACGGGAAUCGUGACUUUCACCCCCCGACCACAAUACAAGUCCCAAGUGCGCUAUCAACUUACCUUGAAGGCCACGGACGAGGCGGUACAGAGCGAACGUCGCAGCUCCGAGGUUUAUAUCUCGAUUAUCACGCCCGGCUUCGGAGCCAGCGAAGCUCCCCAGUUUGGGAACAAAAACAUACUUUCCGGAUCCGUAUACGAAAACGAACCACUUGGCACAAGUAUCCUGACCAUGAGCGCUCACCUAGCAGGCUCGGAGAUCGAGUACUUCGUGACCAAUGUGACAGCGGGCAGCGGAGCCUAUAGUGGCCAGGUGGAUCGUCUCUUUGACAUCGAUGCUAAGCUGGGAAUCCUGUCAACUGCUGCGGAGCUGGACCGCGAGGCCGGACCGGACAUUUACGAAGUGGAAGUCUAUGCCAUCGCCUUGGGUGGACAGCCGCGCACGUCCAGCACGAAGGUCAGAGUAACAGUUCUCGACAAGAACGACAGUCCACCACAGUUCCUUGACACCCCGUUUCUCUACAAUGUUUCCGAGGACCUGGAAAUAGGCCUAACCAUCGCAACCCUGCGUGCCCAUGAUCCGGACAGCCUGGGCACGGUGACCUUCAAGCUGAUGGACGGCCACGACGAAAAGUUCCUUUUGGAGCCCAUUUCGGGAAAGCUGGUUCUAAAAGACUCAUUGGACCGGGAAACGAAAAGCAAGUACGAGCUCCGAAUCCGGGUCUCUGAUGGAAUUCAGUACACCGAAACCUACGCCACUAUAGAGGUGAGCGAUACCAACGACAACCCGCCUGUUUUUGAAGAGACGGUUUACUCCUUCGACAUUCCGGAAAACGCGCCAAGGGGUUAUCAAGUGGGCCAAAUUUUGGCCAGAGACGCGGAUCUAGGACAAAAUGCGCAGGUUUCUUACGGCGUAUUCUCGGAUUGGGCCACCGACAUCUUCAGUCUGAAUCCACAAACGGGAAUGCUGACUCUGACCUCCAUACUUGACUACGAAGAGGUGCAGCAUUACAUCCUGCUUGUCCAGGCACAGGACAACGGCCAACCCAGCCUUUCAACCACCAUUACGAUAUACUGCAAUGUGCUCGAUCUGAACGAUAAUGCUCCCAUCUUCGAUCCCAUGAGCUACUCGAGCGAAAUAUUUGAAAAUGCUCCCAUAGGCAAAGAGGUUGCCAGUGUUUCUGCAAAGGAUAUCGACUCGGGCAACAACGGGCUCGUCGCCUACAGCAUUACGGCAGGGGAUACUGAUGCCGAGUUCGAAAUCGACAGCAACGGGACAAUUCGCACCCGCCGUCACCUGGACCGGGAGCGACGAUCCACCUACACCCUUACAGUGACCGCCCAGGACUGUCCCGACGAGGUGACCAGCUUUAGCGAGCUAGAGGAGACGCAGCUCAAGCUGAAGUACCGCUCGCCCAGGCGGUUCCACCAAAACCAGGACCAGCAGCAUUUCCUGUCUCACCAGAAGCAGCAACGACUCUCGUCUACAGCAAAGGUAACGAUACUUCUCAAGGAUAUCAACGACGAGGCUCCUGUUUUCGUGUCCGUAAACGAGACUUCCGUCAAGGAGAACGUGGCCGUUAAUACUGUGGUUUUGGCCGUAAAAGCCGUCGACAAUGACGAGGGAAGGAAUGGAUACAUCGACUAUACCCUUAAUGGGGCCUACUUCGAAGACGAAAAGACACUAGAACAAGGACUACUUCCCUUCUCCCUUAACCCAACCGAUGGUUUGCUGCGCGUAACCGAUGCCCUGGACCGAGAAUUGCGGGCCAGCUACCUAUUGAAUAUUACAGCUCGAGAUCGUGAACCGCCACAGGAAGCGGAAACACAACUCCUGGUCCGAAUCUUAGACGAGAACGACAACACCCCGGUCUUUGAUCCGAAGCAGUACUCUGCGUCUGUGGCAGAGAACGCCAGCAUUGGAGCCAUGGUCCUACAGGUUUCCGCCACUGACAUAGACGAAGGGGCCAACGGUCGCAUCCGGUUUUCCAUAGUCAUGGGUGACCCGAACCACGACUUUACGAUCGGUGAGGACACAGGCGUGGUGCGCGUGGCUAAGAACCUGAACUUUGAGCGCUUGUCCCGCUAUACGCUCACUGUAAAGGCUGAGGAUUGCGACCUGGAGAACCCGGCUAGCGACACUGCUGAGCUGACCAUAAUCAUUCUGGACAUCAACGACAACCGUCCCACCUUCCUUGAUUCUCCCUACCUGGCUCGGGUCAUGGAAAACACCGUCCCGCCAAACGGAGGCUAUGUACUUACGGUAAAGGCCUUUGACGCGGACUCUCCUCCGCUCAACUCUCAAGUGCGAUACUUUCUCAAGGAGGGAGACACUGAGUUGUUUCGCAUCAAUGCCUCAUCGGGAGACAUUUCGCUGCUGAAGCCACUAGACCGCGAGCGACAGAGCGAGUACAUUCUGACGCUAGUGGCUAUGGACACAGGAUCGCCACCGCUUACGGGCACUGGCAUUGUACGAGUGGAGGUACAGGACGUGAACGACAACGGACCGAUUUUCGAGCUGCAGUCUUACCACGCUGUUGUUGAGGAAAACCUACCCGCAGGAACCCUUGUGCUCCGUCCCACAGCUACGGACAAGGACGAAGGACUGAAUGCUAGACUGCGCUUCAAUCUGCUUGGCGAUCACAUUAUGCGCUUCCACAUCGACUCCCAGACUGGUAUCAUAACUACAAGCACGCCGCUCGAUCGGGAGGAGACCGCUGUAUACCAUCUCACGUUGAUGGCACAGGACAGUUCCGUCACAGAACCGCGAGCUUCGUCGGUGAACCUCACAAUCCAUGUGGGCGAUGUGAACGAUAACGCUCCUAGUUUCGACGCCAGCCGAUACACUGUGACCCUCCCGGACAGGAUGAGUGCAGGGGAGUUUGUGUUUGGAGCCCUGGCGGCGGACCUGGAUGCGGCAGAAAACGCAAUGGUGCGGUACAGCAUCAGCGGCAAGGACCGGGAGUACUUUGAAAUCAACGCCGGAACCGGAGUGGUGAGUACCAAGCUGGUGCCUAAGAACGAAGCCAAGGCUGCUGCCAAAGGAACCUUCAGCAUUAUGGUACAUGCCACCGACCAAGGAGCAUAUCCACAGCACUCAUCGGCUGAGCUGACUGUGUUCCUGCGUCCUGCUGAACAGUUUCCGACCUUCGCCUACAUUGAAAACAGCUACUUCACACUGGCGGAGGAUGUGCAGCCGGGCAAGGUGAUUACCCAAGUUAGUGCCACGUCGCCCAAAAAGGGAAUGGUGGGCAGCGUGCACUACGGUGUCGCGGGCGGCAACCUGGGAGAUGCGGUGCGGGUGGACCCCAACAGCGGAGUUGUUAGCGUGGGGGCCGAUGGUCUUGACUACGAACUACUACCCCUGUACGAGAUCUGGGUGGAGGCGGUCGAUGGCGACAGACCCAGCUUGCGCAGUGUGACCUUGUUGACUCUCAACGUGACUGAUACCAACGACAAUGCACCAGUGAUGGAACGUCUCAUCUACAACUCCGAGGUCCUCGAGGAAGAGUCUCCGCCGCAACUUAUCGCUGUGGUCAAAGCCACGGACCGAGACUCCGGCGACAAUGGAAAAGUCAGUUACCGUCUGAAGGACGACUACAAGGGCACCUUCGAGAUAGCCAGUGACACGGGCGAGAUCCAUACGACUACAAGACUUGAUCGCGAGGAGCUGGGGGAGUACGCGCUGGUAGUGGAGGCUGUGGACCAGGGGCGACCCCAGCUAACGAGCACGUCCAGCGUGCUGCUCCACCUGCUGGAUAAGAACGACAAUCCGCCAAAGUUCACACGUCUGUUUUCGUUAAACGUGACCGAAAAUGCAGAAAUCGGCAGUUUUGUCAUCCGCGUGACUUCUUCUGAUCUGGACUUGGGCCCGAACGCGAACGCCUCUUACUCGUUUACCGAAAAUCCCGGCGGAAAAUUCAGCAUCGAUACACAAAGUGGCAACAUCACAGUGGCCGGGCACCUGGAUCGCGAGCAGCAGGAAGAGUACAUUCUUAAAGUGGAGGUGUCCGACGGGGCCUGGCGCGCAGCUACUCCAAUCACGAUCACGAUCCAGGACCAAAACGACAAUGCCCCAGAGUUCGAGCAUAGUUUCUACAGCUUCAGUUUUCCAGAAUUGCAGCUCUCGGGCGCCUUGGUGGGCCAGAUCAUAGCUACAGACCGGGACAAGCAGGGCCCCAACUCGGUCAUUUCGUACUCACUGCAGCAGUCGUCGCUCAUGUUCAGCAUAGAUCCGGCUACUGGCGAAAUUUUCAGCAAAAAGAUGGUUCACUUUAGGCACUCGCAAUAUGUGCGAUCCCCCGAAAACAUGUACGCCCUCACCGUGCUUGCUACGGACAAUGGAAAGCCACCACUGUAUUCCGAAUGCUUGGUGAACAUCAACAUUGUAGAUGCCCACAAGAACCCCCCAAAGUUUGAGAGGGCCGAGUAUCUCGUGCCUGUUCCGGAGAAUGCGAGGCGCGGCCAGAAGAUCGUGCGGGUCCACGCCACGGACGGACAAGUGUUUGGAGCCAACGAGAUCGAGUACUCUUUGGUGAGCGCCAACCUAAGCUCCAUGUUUACAAUUGGAACACACGACGGUUGGAUCGCUGUGGCCAAGUCGCUUCUGUCGCCUCCACAGUCUCGUUUCGAGCUAGACGUGCGAGCCACGGAUCGGGGGGCGCCUCCCCAGUUUGAUCAGACCCGCGUAACUGUGGAGGUGACAGGGGAAAACCUUUAUACACCCAAGUUUCCUGCAAACACCUACCAGGUGAUUGUGCCGGAGAACGAGCCAGUCGGCUCUACAAUCCUCACAGUUGGAGCUACGGAUGCUGAUGUGGGGCCUAACGGAAUGCUGCGGUACGCCAUUUCGGGUGGAAACGAACUUAGAAAGUUCAGCGUGGACGAACGCACUGGGGGAAUCGUGAUUCGACAGCCGCUGGACUUUGAUACGACUCAAGAGUACCACCUAAACAUCACGGUGCAGGACCUGGGAUUCCAGCCCCUGUCCGCGGUAGCCAUGCUUACUAUAAUUCUGACAGACGUCAACGACAAUCCACCACUUUUCGCCCAAAAGGAGUACCACGGGUACUUGGCCGAGAACAAGCCAAUCGGCACUUUUGUGUUUCAAGCGGUGGCGACGGAUAAGGAUUCGCCCCGAAAUGCCAUCAUUCAUUACUCCUUCCUGCCGACCGGUACAGACCGGCACUUUUUCAGCGUGAACUCCAGUACCGGGACCAUCUCAUCGGCGGUCUCCUUCGAUUACGAAGAGCGGCGAACCUACACCCUCCAACUAAAGGCAAAGAACCCAGACACGAUCAUGGAAAGCUAUGCCACACUUUUCAUCCACAUUCUUGGGGUUAACGAAUUCUAUCCGCAUUUUGUGCAGCCUGUGUUCCACUUCGACGUGUCGGAGACGUCAGCCAUUGGUACCCACGUGGGUGCUGUCCAAGCCACGGACAAGGACAGUGGAGAGGACGGACGCGUCUACUACCUGCUAGUUGGUGCCAGCAACGAACGGGGUUUCGGAAUAAACACCAAUACGGGUGUGAUCCAUGUGGCGCGGCACUUGGACAGAGAAACUCAAAACCGGGUCGCCCUCACGGUAUUGGCCAAGAACUACGGCAGUAUUCGGGGCAACGACACCGACGAGGCCCAAGUAAUAAUCUCAAUCCAGGACGGAAACGACCCACCAGAGUUCAUUAAGCGCCACUAUUCCGCGACCAUCUCGGAGGCAGCUGGCAUUGGCACAAAGGUUAUCACAGUCAAGGCUGUAGACAAGGACAUUCGACCACAAAAUAAUCAAUUCAGCUACUCCAUCAUUAAUGGCAAUCUCAAGCAGAGCUUCAGGAUAGAUGCUCAGAGCGGAGAGAUUAGCACGGCAGCUCAUCUGGACCGGGAGGAGACCGCCCACUACAACCUAGUGAUUGGGGCCAUAGAUAUGGGUCUGCCUCCGCAGACAGGAAGUGCCACGGUGCGCAUAGAAUUGGACGACGUGAACGACAAUGCUCCUACCUUCACUCGCGAAGGACUUAUGGGCUAUAUAUCCGAGAAUGAGCCGUCCGGCACAUCCAUUAUGACCCUGGCGGCUUCAGACCCGGAUCUCCCGCGCAAUGGUGGUCCCUUCUUCUACCGGCUUGUGGGCGGAAAGCACAAGUCCUGGCUGAGUGUGGAUAGAAGCUCAGGAUUGGUGAAGUCCACUACCAGCUUUGACCGCGAAAUCACUCCUACGCUAGAAGCUGUUAUAGAGGUGGAAGAUAGCGGGAAGCCUAUGCAAAAGUCAAAGCACAUGAUCACCAUUAUGGUCCUGGAUCAGAACGACAACCCAUCCACGACACGGAACCUGCAAGUGGCUGUUACCUUGUUCAAUGGAGAUCUGCCAACAAACAUCAAGCUCGCGGACAUUCGACCCAACGACAUCGACAUCGUGGGCGACUAUCACUGUCGCUUGCCGACAUCUCCGGCACAAAACCACCUGCAGCUGGCCAUUCCGAGGGCCUGUGAGCUCUUCACGACUUCGCACACUACGCCCUCCUCGUUCUCCUCCAGCUACACGGGCAACGACGGUAAGCACGGGGACGUGAGCAACAAGUUGAGCGUGGUCUUCCAGAGCUUCGACAAUGACACCCUGGCGAACACAGUUUCCGUGCUGGUGAGGAACACCACGGCCUCCCACUUCCUGUCUCAACACUAUAGACAAGUACUGGAGGUGCUCAGGUCCAGUAUUGUCCAUGGGGACGUGUUUUUGUACAGCCUUCUGGAGAACCGAGGAGAGACAGUUGGAGGAUCCGAUGACUUGCCCAUAAAUCUGGAGCUUUUUUUGGCCGUGCAGCUCGAGAGGCGCAGCUACAAGCAGCCUAAGGAGGUCAUUGAACGGCUGCGGGAGAAGCGCUCAGCACUGUCGGAGCUCAUGCAGAAGGACGUCGUGGUGGGAUACGAGCCAUGCAAGGAGCCACAAAUCUGCGAGAACGGAGGUGUGUGUAGUGCGAACAUUAGACUGUUAGACGCGCACACAUUCAGCAUCGUCGAAAGCCCAAAUCUCGUCAUGUCGGGACCGCGGAUGGUGCACGACUACAGCUGCCUGUGCUCCAACGGGUUCUCGGGCGAACAGUGCAGUCGCAGGCAGGACCCCUGCGUACCCAAUCCCUGCCAUCAGCAAGCCCAUUGUAGACGGCUUGGUAGCGACUUCCAGUGCGUAUGCCCGCCCAACCGAGAAGGAAAGCAGUGCGAAAAGGAGCGCAGCGACAUCUGUUGGAGCAAGCCUUGUGGCAAUGGCGGAAGCUGUCAACGUAGCGCCGACGGCUCUUCGUACUUCUGCCUAUGCCGCCCCGGGUUCCGAGGCACCCACUGCGAGGUUGUGUCGGACUCUUGCCGGCCGAAUCCUUGCAUGCACGGAGGCCUUUGUGUCAGCCUCAAGCCGGGCUACAAGUGCAACUGCUCCUCCGGCCGGUACGGACGUCACUGUGAGCGGUUUAGCUACGGCUUCGAGCCCCUCUCGUACAUGGCCUUCCCCUCAUUGGACGCCACCUCUAACGACAUAUCGAUCGUCUUCGCCACCACAAAGGCCAAUUCAUUGCUUCUCUACAACUACGGUACCCCGAGUGGAGGGCGAUCCGACUUCCUGGCCAUUGAACUGGUGCAGGGCUUGGCGUACUUCUCCACUGGAGCAGCUCGCACUGCCAUUACCACCGUGAUCGCUGGACGGGACCUCGCGGACGGAGGAUGGCACAAGGUGACUGCCACUCGCAAUGGAAGAGUAAUGUCGCUAAGUGUGGCCAAAUGCACUGACUCUGGAGAAUCCUGUGCGGAGUGCACACCCGGAGACACCACCUGCUACGCCAAUGAAGUGGGUCCUGUUGGAACUCUCAACUUUAACAAACAACCUCUAUUAAUUGGAGGCUUGGCCUCUGCGGAUCCUCUCCUGGAGCGCCCAGGCCAGGUGCAUAGCGAUGACCUAGUGGGAUGCCUGCACAGUGUACACAUCGGAGGACGAGCUCUGAACCUGAGCUCUCCGCUCGAGCACAGGGGCAUCUUGCCUGGAUGCAAUCGGCAAGCCUGCCAGCCCUCACUGGCUGCAGAACGCUGUGGAGGAUUUGCUGGUCAGUGCAUUGACCGUUGGUCCAGUUCCCUUUGUCAGUGUGGAGGUCAACUCCAGUCCCCCGACUGCUCCGAGUCUCUGGAGCCUGUGACUCUGACCAAUGGAGCAUUUGUAGAAUUUCGAGUCUCGGAGCUGUACCGCCGGAUGCAGCUACUGGAAAACAUGUACAGCGCGAAGAAUGCUUGGUCGAACAAUUACCCGCGGGAACGCAGGCAAGUGGGAGGCGACAUUCACAACCUGACUAUAGCUUCCCAGAUCUACGAGGCGCCCAAGAUGCUGAGUUUUCUAUUCCGCACCUUUAAGCCGGAUGGACACUUACUCUACGCAGCCACUAACCAGAUGUUCACCUCGCUGACCUUGAAAGAAGGCCGCCUAGUCUACUUCUCCAAGCAACACCUGGCCAUUAACAUGACGGUGCAGGAGCCUUCCUCUCUAAAUGAUGGCAAGUGGCACAACGUGAGCUUGCACAGCGAAAGCCGAAGUCUCCGGGUGCAUAUAGACGGUCGUCAGGUGGGGGAUGAGCUCGACAUCGCAGGCGUCCACGAUUUUCUGGAUCCUUACCUAAGCGCUCUGUGCGUGGGCGGAUCGCUACAGGAGGACCAACCUAAGGAUACAUUCAACGGCUGCAUCGCAAACUUCACUGUGAAUAACGAAAUGCAGCCGCUGAACGGAUCCGGCAGCAUUUUCCCAGAGGUGCGACUACAUGGAAAAGUGGAAUCGGGAUGUAGUGGCGUUAUUGGUAUGGAUGCUGCCCAGGUAGCGGAUCCCCUUAGUAUAGGAAUCACUCUGGUGAUAGUGUUCUUCGUCAUUCUGGUGGUAGCCAUACUAGGGUCCUACGUGAUCUACCGUUUUCGAGGCAAACAGGAGAAGAUUGGCAGUCUGAGCUGCGGAGUGCCCGGUUUCAAGCUUAAGCAUCCUGGGGGAGUUAUGGUUGGGGCGCCGUCAGUGCCCCCCAGUCAGAUUGACCAUGUUUUGGCCCGCAAUCUUCACCCCAGCGAAGUACCCUCGCCGCCAGUCGGAACCGCAGAGCACCUGCGCCCGCCUGUAGGAGCACACCACCUGGUGGGUCCCGAACUUCUUACCAAAAAGUUUAAAGACCGCAGCGAACUGACUCCUGCGUCCGAGUGCCCUCAGGCACAGCAGAGACCCCAGCGACCAGACAUCAUUGAGCGUGAGGUCGUGGGAAAGAGCCCGUUGAUCCGAGAUGAACACCGCCUGCCGCUUCCGCCCCUUCAUCCCCUGCCGCUCGACCACGCUAGCUCGAUGGACAUGGGCUCCGAGUACCCGGAACACUACGACCUCGAAAACGCCAGCUCUAUCGCCCCGUCGGACAUCGACAUCGUGUAUCACUACAAGGGUUAUCGCGAGGCGGGGGGCAUGCGCAAGUACAAGGCGACAGCUCCCCCAGUCUCCGCCUACACGCACCAUAAGCAUCAGAGUGCAGCUUCUCAACAGCAGCACCGCCACGGCGCCCCAUUCGGUCCCAGAAGCCAGGGCAACCAGCCUCCUCCACCGCCGACAAACUCAUCGCGUACCCACCAAAGUACGCCCUUGGCACGACUCUCGCCCAGCUCUGAGCUGAGUUCCCAGCAACCACGCAUCCUGACACUGCACGAUAUCUCCGGCAAGCCAUUGCAGAGCGCUCUCCUGGCAACGACAUCGAGCUCCGGUGGCGUGGGAAAGGAUGUUCUGCACAGCAACAGUGAACGCAGCCUGAACAGUCCGGUUAUGUCGCAGAUGUCCGGCCAGGGCUCUAGUGCCAGCCGUCAGAAGCCAGGAGUCCCGCAACAGCCUCCGACGCAAAACUCCAUGGGCCUGACUGCCGAGGAGAUCGAGAGACUCAACGCCCGUCCUCGAACCUGUAGCCUGGUGUCCACCCUUGACGCAGUUUCGUCCAGUAGUGAAGCCCCACGAGUUCCCAGCAGCGCCCUCCAUAUGUCCUUGGGCGGGGGCAUGCACAAUACAGAUGUCGACGCCCACAGCUCUACAUCCACGGACGAGAGUGGCAACGACAGCUUCACCUGCUCCGAGAUCGAGUACGACAACAACAGCCUCAGUGGCGAUGGGAAAUACUCGACCACCAAGAGUCUCCUGGAUGGAAGAAGCCCUGUGGCAAGGGCUCUCAACAGCGAGACGAGUCGGAACCCUAGCGUGAUCAAAACCCCACCCAUUCCACCGCACGCUUAUGACGGCUUCGAAUCGUCGUUUCAUGGAUCGCUGAGCACUCUAGUUGCCAGCGACGACGACAUCGCCAACCACCUGAGCGGCAUCUACCGCAAGGCCAACGGAGCUGCCUCUCCCUCCGCCACCACUCUGGGUUGGGAGUACCUGCUGAACUGGGGUCCCAGCUACGAGAACCUCAUGGGCGUCUUCAAGGACAUUGCCGAGCUCCCGGACACCACAAGUCCGCAGCAGCAGCAGCAACAGCAGCAGCAGCCGCAGGCGGGGAACACAUUGCGGAUGGCUUCCAAUGGACAGACUGCGCCGGAGGAGUAUGUUUAGACUUUGUGGCAAUGUAGGAGCCUUUCCAUACCAAUGUGUAAUCUUUAUGUAAAAUCGCAUUUGCUAAAGUUAAGUAAUCCCAAUCCAUUUCGCAAUAUGCAACGAACACGUGACAGGAUAGUAAGAUAAUCGUGAACCAUAGACUUACGCUCUAGGAUAAUAUGGCCCUUAGUAGUUGCUAUCUGAUCGCCUUGCAUCAAGGCCAACAAUCCUACGCGCACCUUCGAAUAGGCUUUAAAAGCAAAUGUAUCUGUACCACAUUGUUUGUUUUAAAAUCUUUUACUUGUGUAAAUUUUUUCAAUGUGCUAUAUUAAGUUAGUUCCAGCCACUGCUUUUAAUUGCCAUUUAAGUACAUAAAACAUUCUUUAACUUAUUGGGAAACUCGCCAACAUACCCUAACUGCCUUAGUCCGUAGAUUAUAAUUAGUUUCUAAUGUAAUUCAUAUUCCUUUAGUUUAACGACAACGCCCCAUCGGGUAUUAUGUAUCAAACUUUUGUACUUCCAACUCUUAGUAAAAUG